AUGCUACGCGUAGGCGUGUUCAAUGUUGCGCGCCCUGCCGCUGCCGCCGCUCGUCCGUGCUUUCAGGCGCGGAUGUUCUCGCAGGCGUCACGGCCAAAUGGACUCGGCGCACUUCGCAGCAAUCCGCGCGCCACAUUCUCUUUCUUCAGCGCCCGCACCCUCAUGAACGACGCAAAGCCGGUCUACGGCCGAACACAGACGGGUCAAACAGACUGGAAGCGCGUCGCCUUGACUGUUGGAACUGUCGGUGCUGCUUUCGCGGGGACCCACCUCUUCCUCAACCGCGAGACGCGUGAUGCACUUUCACCGGCCGAGCAGUCUUACCUGCACAAUACGUUUGCGUACACGGCCGGCGGACUCGCGCUCACCGCCGCCGGUGCACGCUACAUGUUCAAGGCUGGUGUGCCGUACCGCCUCAUGAAAGCGAAUCCCUGGUUGGUACUUGGCGUAUCGUUGGUCGGUUCCAUUGGCACGAUGAUGGGCGCAAUGGCUACACCACCCGAGAACAGCCUUGUCAAACACUCGUUCUGGGUCGGAUUCAACCUGUUCCAGGCCGCCACGCUCAGUCCGCUAUACUUUUUCGCUCCCGCCUUACUCGGCCGUGCCGCACUCUACACCGCCGGUGUCGUCGGAUCCUUGAGCUAUGUCGGUGCAACAGCACACAACGACAAGUUCUUGUACAUGGGUGGGCCCCUCCUUGCCGGUGUCACGGUCGUCGCCCUGAGCAGCCUCGCUCCAAUGGUCUUCCCUGCGAUGAGCCUCCGCGCACUCGCAGUCACGGAGUCGAUUUACCUCUACGGCGGUCUUGCGGUUUUUAGCGGCUUUGUCCUUUACGACACGCAGAAGAUCUUGCAGCACGCACGCAUGGCCCAGGCUGGGCUCGUCCGCAGCGACCCUCUCAAGGAGAGCAUCUCGCUCCAGCUAGAUUUCAUGAACAUCUUCAUUCGUCUCGUGCAGAUCCUAGCGAUGCAAGGCAACAGAAGGAAGUAA